AUGGCGGCUCUCCGGUCAGCAGCGUUUUCCCUUGCCAGCCGUAACUGGCGCCUGGUCGUCGUCGCGUUGCUUCUCUCCGUCUCUUUUCAGCGCGCCGAAUCUCACUCGUUUAUCAGGAAGGACCUCGCGGAAGUGAUAGCGGCAUUCGAGGCAAAGGCGGAGGCGGCGCGCGACGCAAGUAGCGCUAGCGACGGCGGCGACGGCGUCGCACAUCGCCACCAUGGUCGCAAGCUCGCGCACGUGCUUACGGAGACAUCAUUCGACCGGUACACUGGCUCGCUGCGUCUCUCCCAGCGCGACCUGAGGCGCCUGCAGGAGCGCGCCGAUGCGGCCGGCGUCUCUCAGAUCGCCCGGCGGUCCACGCUGCAGGCGGCGGAGGACAGCCUCAUGUUCCCGCUCUUCUCGCUCGAUACCAAGGGCCCGUUUGUAACGACGCUGAUUCUGGGGUCGCCGGCGAAGCAGUUCGUGGUGCUGGCGGAUCUCAGCACGAGCGUCACGUGGGUCAGCUGCGACUGCCUCUCCUGCCCCUCCGCCGCCAACUCGCUCGACGUCCUCGGCAUCAACCGAACGACGCUGGAAACGCGGCGGUCGCUGACAGCAAAGCCGGUCGCCUGCAACAGCAGCGUGUGCGCGCAGAGCGCCACCUUCUCGUGCGACGUGCAGCAGCCGCUGCUCAAGGACCGCCCGGGCGUGUGCGAGUACAACAUCAGCAUGGGCGCGGGGAACGUGUACUCAGACGUGGUCACCAUCCCGCUUGUCAAUCUCAACCUGCCACCGGGGGAGCAUGACAGCAUCACCUCGCCCAUCUACUUCGGGUGCAACCGGGUGGAGGAUCCGGCCAUGGAGGGCUUCGGCCCGGACGGGGCAGUGGGGCUGGGAGCAGGGCCGUUCUCGUUUGCGUCGCAGCUGCACGCCACGAGCCUGCUCAACGCCAGCACCUCCCCUCGCCCCAACGCCUUCUCCCUCUGCCUCGACGGGCCGCUGCAGGAAGGGCUGCUGAUAGUGGGUGCCACGCCUGACCCGCCCUCGGGACUCGUCACCACGCCCUUCAAGGUCGCGGUUAACAGUUCGCGCUAUCUGCUGAACGUGACGGCAAUCCGCCUGGGGGGGACGGAGGUGAAUGGCACGCAGGGCAUAGGGAGCAUGGUCAACUCGUCCUUCGGGGGCUUCUCUCUCGACACAGCACGCGACUUCAUCUCCCUGCGCCGCACCGUCUAUGAAAACCUCGUCACUGCCGUGUACGCAACAGAUGCAGUGUUGGAGACUGGUCUGGACAGCUACACUGGCUACUACUGUGGAGUCGUGGCUCCCGGUGCGAGCCCGUCCGUGGUCUUCCCGCCCAUCUUCUUUGAUCUCCCGGAGGGGUCUUUUUCAGUCCCGUGGCAAAACUAUAUGUACUCUGUUGCCAACGAGACCCACGAGAUCCUCUGCCUGCUAGCGGAGUCACACCCGGACUGGGCCCCCCGCAAUGUUUACCUGGGCACGCCGUUCCUGGUGGACACGUACUGGAAGUUUGACCUCGACAAGAGCACCGUCUCCUUCAUGCCUUACAACUGCUCGGCACUUGAAAUCGCUCCCGCCCCUUCCUCCGCGCCUGUAGCACCCAAUCCCCCUCUCACCGCCCCAACCACUCCCUCCUCCUCGCCCCCCAUGCCCUCUCCAACCUCUCCAACCCCUGUCACUCCUUCUGGCACUACCCCUCCGGUCGCCACAACACUAUCUGUUGCCUCGCCUCCGCCUCCCCCAAAGCCUGCUUCACGCAUUGCCACAGCUCUCCCGGCUCUCCUCCUGGCUGCCCUCCUCGCAGCACUCUUGCUCUAG